AUGUGUCUAACAUUUCAGGCACUUGAUAAAGAAAGUCAUCUUAUAGAAACACAGCUGGGCAUUGAGAUAACAAUUAUAGACUCAAAUGACAACCCUCCAAAGUUUGACAGAGAAAAGUAUGAGAUCUGGAUAAAAGAGUCAACCCUACAAGGCACUGACUUGAUCACUAUUAAGGCAAGCGAUAUUGACACCGGUAAGAACAAUGGAAUAUUUGAUUUCAAAAUAGUCUCAGUCACCCCUCCACCACAUGAGCUGGAGUUCACCUUAACCAAGAACCAUGCUGCUCAAACUGGAACAAUAUCAUUUAAGGGGUGUCUGGACCAUGAGGCUGCAGAAAAAUACACCAUUGUAGUGGAGGCCAAAGACCGUGGAGACAAAAUAAAGCUCUCCAGCUCCUGCACCAUCAUAGUCAACAUAGAAGAUGGAAAUAACCACCUGCCUAUGAUCACAGGACAAACAGGUCCAGGGACAGUGAAAGAAAACGACGAAAAUGUUCUUGUUUCCCGUCUGCAAGUUACAGACCUAGACACAAAAGGUACAACGGCCUGGAGAGUGGUAUAUAAGAUCCAAGGAGACGAAAACAACAACUUUAGAAUCACAACUGAUAAUGAGACCAAUGAGGGACUACUAUAUGUGGAAAAGCCUCUGAACUAUGAAGACAGUCCUCUGAAGAACUUGACUAUCAGUGUAGAGAAUGAAAUUCCUUAUCACUCAUGUAAAGUGGUGAAGCGCGAAUCCAAUAAAUUCAGUCUUUGGGAAAUAGUCAUUACUGGUGGUGCCACUAUUAGCAGUGCAACUGGUGCAACUGGUACAACAUUAAGUCUGUCCACCCGUCAAGUGACAGUGACUGUGGUGGAUGUCAAUGAUCCUCCAAUCUUCGACAAACCUAACCAACAUGUUAAGCUGAGUGAGAAUGUUACAGCAGGACAUUAUCUGGUGACAUUUACAGCUAAAGACCCUGACAUCGCCAGUGGAAACACAUUUGUCUACAUCACAGGAAACGAUCCAGCUGGCUGGCUCACAGUGGACCCUAAGACUGGAAAAAUAACCACAUCGAAGAUCAUAGACCGAGAGUCACCCUAUGUGAAAAACAAUAUCUAUAACGUCACAAUAUAUGCUGUUGACAAUGGUAAACCUCCAAUGACAAGUACUGCAACCCUCAGCAUCCAUAUUGCCGAUGAGAAUGACAAUACUCCUAUCCUGUCUCGAAACACCAUUGCCAUGUGCCAAUCUGAUGAACCCUCUCUUGCCAACAUCACAGCCUUUGAUUUGGAUGAAGAACCGUAUGGUGGACCUUUUCACUUCAAGCUCCUUGGAGAUGUUGAGGGCAAGUGGAGGGUUGACAGUCCUCAAGGAUAUUCAGUGAACCUGGUGAAAGAGAACGUAGUUCAUUCUGGACACUUUGAGCUGUUUCUGGAAGUGGCUGACCUUCAGCACCAGACCACUGUCCACAAGCUGUCAGUUACAGUGUGUCACUGCUUAAACACAGCGUGGCCAGACUGUCGGUCCCGCAAAGCUACUGGCUCUGCAGCAGGAGGAGAAGCACUCGGGAUCAUUUUUUUCAGUAUACUACUGCUUGCAGGGGCACUAGUUGCUGCUUUUCUGGUGUCAUGUAAAAUGACCAAUAUCAGACCAUUGCCAGAUCAAGGUACAGGACAAAGUCUGAUUGUCUGUAACAUUGAGGAACCAGGAACUGACUGCAAAGUGAAAUUUGAGGCAUUAAACCAUAGACAGAAAGUUCCAACAGCAACAAUAAAGCGAUCAGAGAUUAGGAAAACAACUGCGGGAGGGCAACUUUCAGAGAACUCCGCAUACCAAACUAAAUUUAAGGAAAUUAACAGUUUGUAUGGGUUGAUAACUGACUCCAACUGGGAACAAAGAAGAAGCUAUAAGGAACACGAGUUUACACGCAACAGCUCUAUGCGUUGGUCAAUGGGCAAUUCAUCAGCAAUGAAAAUGGGACAUCACCACAGAAACUCUAUGAGAGCGGUGGGACACAGUACAUAUUCUGCACAACAGCAGCUUGAUGUUGUCCGACGUGAAACUCUGAUCAAAGUACUAAAACAGAUGGUGUACAAUCUCCAGGCACCAGGAGAGGAGCUGGGUGAUUAUGCUCCUCAUGUGUAUGCUGACGAGGGAGACACAGGGGCCGGCUUUGACCUUGAUGCUAUCUCCAUCCCUGAUAUGGCUUUUGACCUAGACUUAAACUCGGACCUGACUGUCAAGUUCAGUAAACUGGCUUCAAUCUGCAUGCCUAGUGAAAGUACUUCUUACAGUACUAAAACUUCCUGUGUAAUGGAAAAACUUGAGACAGCAACUCUAAUCCAAGUGGAAAGCCAAAAAACUAACAUGAACAUUGAAUCACAUUUCUAAACUGUUACAUUUAUUUUGGGACUGGUCAGUUUUUACAUUUUGAUGAAAUAACUUUAAUCUUACUUCCUUGAACUACUUGAACUAUUUUGGGAUGUUUAGUAUUUCUUCUUUCAAAGCAAUGUAGAUGGUAGUUAAUUAAUUAGCAGCUGAUUCUGAGGGACUAGUAAUUAAAAAAAAUAUUAUUAUGAAAAAUAAGCAAGACCGAGCCACAUUUAAGUAGCAGGGUGUGUAUCAGGGCAGAGUCAUGGUAUGAAGAGAUAGAAUCUUCAGUGGAAACCGGCCAACAAAACCUUAACGUGUAUAUAUAUACUGAUGAUCUACAGUACUGACGGGGAAACUGCUGUUUUUUUGUUUUUUUUUCUUUGGGAUAUCUAAUGAUUAAAAUUUUUCAAAAUGGUUACUAAAUUUGAUGGUAAUUAUGUAAA